AUGCCUGAACAGAUUCAUUCAUUAGAGGUCCGUCAGCUUAAAGUUUCUUCCAAUCCAAAACUUGCCAUUCAUUAAAUUGACAUGAACUUUUUUCACAUGUGUCUUUUUCUAAAAGCUUUACAUCGUUUUACGGUUGAAACCCUACAAAGAGAACAAGCUUUGCAGUUCUCGUGCCUCUCGCCGCAUCACUAAACAGUCGGCGCUUAACUGUUUGAGGGUGAUCGAUUGCGCUCCCGUUGACUUUUUAUGUCACUUCCUCCCUUUUUGUCCCUAAUCCAUGCGCCAAAGUUCUGAAUUAGCAAGUCUUUCCGUAGUUGAGACGACUUUUUGAAUUUUAACUUUUCUUUGUGAUUUGGGAUGAGGGGGAGGGGGGGAUCAAAGUAUAAUUUUUUCGAGUUUUAUCAGAUUUUUUUCUCUGCUAGUGAAGUCAGAAAUUCUUUAGGAAUCACACUUAUAGCUCGAAUAAAACCGAAAACUUCUAGUCAAGCCCGAUUUCCAAACUAGAGGUGCGUAAAAUAAGGAAUUUCUUCCGACCUUGAGCCGAAUACAAAAUGACCUCCGAAGGUAGGGCGAUAAAACGGGAGGAAAAGUCAAAGCGCGGGAGAUAAAGGCGCGAAUCUCGGCCACGUGUGCCAUUGGAACGGCGCAAAACACCGACGCUCCCGACGUUUAUCGUCGGCUCGUCACUGUCUCUUUUGUUCUCAAUUUUAUCAUCUAUUGUCAUUCUCUCACGCUGCUUCCCUUUUUGGUACACUUUACGUUUUUCGGUGAAACUUUUUCAACAUUUUUUGCUGUCAACACUUCAGAAACUCAUACUCUCAAAAUUUAUGUUUGUGGAAGCUUGAUAUGUUAUUGUCAGCUGGAAUCCGAAUAAUUUCAUAUGUAAAUUUUUUUCGUUUUUUUCGAUACAUGAUAUCACGAUCGAAACAUGUUGUAUAUUGUUUUUCCAAAUGUUUUUUUUGAAUAUUGUAACAAAGACCCAUUCAUUUUGCAAUUUUUUUGAAUUCCUUUUUCCGUAGAAAACGUCAUAAAAUAUUUAUGAUGAGAGUUUCGAAAAAAAAAAUCGGCCUUUUCUUACAAGAAUAGCCGUUUUUGACGGUUACUUUUUAUUUUCUAAAAUAAGAAGGAGCAUUAACUUUUUUUGAUCGUGAACUGUUUUUUUGAUAGAUGCCUAAUGAUAGAAACGUUAGUUUAUCUUUUAAAGUUUAUUUGCCUAUAUCGAAAGUACAAUAAUUGGACGUUUUUCAAUCGACUUCUAUUGUUACAAACUAAAAAGUGAAUUUCGCUGUAAUUUUCUAAUUUUCCUUUGAGAGUUUCUAUUUUCAGACGCAGAAAUCAACAUGAAAGCACAGGCGUUUUUGUGCGUCGCGUUUUUCCUGGUGCGUUUGUCCCACUUCUUCAUGUUACAACACGAUUCUUGGUGUUCCUUGUCCUAAUUGAAAAUGAUUACUUGAGAAAUCAUGCGUACGGUCUUGGAAAAUAUCACAGCCAGGAUUUAUGAAAAGAUAGAAAAAUAGGAAAAAAAUCUCAAAAUGACGGCUAAUAAGGGAAUAUUAAAACAUGUUGAAAAUUUUUUUGCGUUUUUGUUUAAUAUUUAUGUUGUAUUGGUGAUAAAGUUUACUUACUUUUGGGCUUUGAAGAUAAGCAUUAAUUCGUAAAAACCAUACGACUUACGAAAUUUUUUCAAAUCCGGGAAUUCGCGUUGAUAGCGACUUAACAGAAGGCCAUAUUACGGCACUUCUGAGAUUCUUAGAGAAUAUCGCAAGCACAAACUUAAUAUAAAAAUGGCUUCCAUUGUCAGUUUUAUGUCGAUCAGAAGCUGUAAACCAAAAACGAAAGUAGGGAAAUAACAACAUUUUAAAAAUCAACAUAGCAUCUAAUACAAAAAUUCUUUUCUUAACAGAAAAAUAUAAUUUUCAAAUUUCAGGUCCAUUUCAUAUCAGCGGAAGAAAAAAUUAAAAACGCACAUGAAACUAUGACCGACCACAUUAUGAACGAUAUUACCACUCACAAGGUUUUUCAAACUCUUUUUCUGAUAAUUUCAAUGUUUUCAGGUCAUGGUUUACAGUAAAACAUUUUGCCCGUACAGCAAGAAGUUGAAGAAAAUUUUGAGCAACUACAAUAUUGAAGAUUUGAAAAUUGUUGAGCUCGAUGAGCAGAACGAUAUGACUGAUAUGCAGGUGCGUGAAGGCUUCUACCGAGAUAAGUUAAUAAUUUCUCGAACCCUUUCUUUACCAAUUGUUCUUGCACAAAAUCAAAGUCUUUUAGUGAGUUUUCGAUUUUUUUCACAGAUAUAGUUUUUUUCCCUCAAAAAUUCAACAUUUUCUGUUUUCAACUAACCAUGCAAAUUUUUUGAUAAGACUUCGAUUUCUUCUCAACUUUUCUUUGUUCAACCUUUUUCUAAAUGUUAUCCUAUAAUUGAGCUCUUCGUUUUUCAUGAAAAAUGUAGCAGAAAACGUUGUUACUAGAUCAUGUGCAAAUGUUUUGAGAGGUCGCGCGAAACCGCUGUGCGAUCGCACGCGUCAUAACUUUCCAGAGAGGAAAAGGACCAAAAAGAAAAUAUUACAUGAACAAAUGCGGAAAAAUUCUUUUUGUUCUACCAGCUGCUCAAUGUGUUCGAUACAAAUCCCUUUGUGAAUUUUUAGAAAAAGUUUAUGUUUUUUUCAUCCGUCUAGUAUUAUGCCACAGUUUGAACGAUAAUCGGUUUUUUGAGCCUAUUAUUUUCCUUUAUUGUGAUCAUUGUUUUUAUAACCAAAAAAAUUUUUGUAUAAGUUUUUCUGUACCUCAGCCAACAAAAAAAAAAAAAAACAACAAAAUCAAGUCAUCUUUUUGAACUGUGUAGAGAAAUACAACAUAGGGCGUAAAGAAUUGAAAUUCUUGUUUAUCUUCAGAACGGACCUAUCGAGGAUCUUUCCAAAUAAAAAUCAACGGAUCGAUAGUGUACUAACGGCAGCCUGAAAAGCUUAAUUCCAGGAUUUCUUGAAAACGAUGUCUGGUCGAACGACGGUGCCUCAGCUGUUCAUCAACGGCCGAUUCAUUGGCGGACACGAUGAAACGCGCGCCAUCGAAGACCGCGGAGAGUUGCGGCCUCUUCUUGAGAAGGCAAACGCCCUGUGAGCCUUUCCUCAUUUAUCACUUAUGGAAUGCCGUGAAACCUAUCAAAACUUCUUCUCAUUUUUUCCUAAGUGUCAAACUUUAAAAACAAAAAAAUAGGUAUGCAAAAUUUUUCUUCAUCACUAUUUUUUUAUUCUAAGAAUCGGAUCAGAAAAAGACUCAAAAACAAUUUUCGUAUGUAAGAGAUCCUUUGGACUUUUCAAAAGAUUGAAAAAAUCAUAUUUUCUAUCAAUUGUAAGAGGAAACGCGUUAUUUCCGAGCACUUCCCUUUUCCCCCUCACUCCCCAGAUAAUUAUUUCAAAACGGCGAGUUGUCUUUUCCAGGCAAACUAACCGGGUUCCCAAUGGUGAAAACGGUUUGUAAAACGCUUUUUUCAGUUCGAAUUAUUUCCCCUAACCUGUUCUCAGUUUCCUGUUAACAAAUUUAUAGAAAAAGUACGUUUCAAAUGUUUUGGAUGGUUGGCGUCUUUUUUUCUAAUGCUUUAACCUUUUUUCGACUUUUUUGGUUUUUAUUUUGCUGUUCUCACUUUGCAUUGCACGUUUGUUCUAAUUUUGUACUUGCUUUAGAAUCGGACCGGUAUUAGGGCUUUUUUUGUUAUUCGCUUAAUUUAAGUUCCAAUGCGAUGUGAUUUAUUGUUCAAUUCAAUAAUGUACUGACACGGAGAGCCGUUUUUUGCCAGUUGAAUAUUUGACGAAACGUUACAAAAAUUUGCUGUGAGGUAUAAUUUCGGAUCAAAUAUUUUUUGGCUUUUCGAAGCCCUUGAGUCAAGUCGAAGGGCUUCGAAAAUGUUGGAAAACCUAUCUUGUCCCAAUAUUUCCAGUCAGUGCAAAAUUCAAAACUACAUAACUCGUAUGAAAUGCAAAAUAGUUUUUAAAAAAAGCUUUGAAUCUAAAGUUAAAAAGGUUUUUUUAAUUACAUUUUUGCAAGGUUUGUUCAAAUUUUCAACUGGCCACUGAAACGCUCAUCUCAUCCAAAAAUGAAAAACGAUAACCCGCAUCGCAUCGGCAAAGCUAGAAGUAACUGGAAACUUCUGAUCUGCUCAAGUAUAAGAAAUCGCGUUUACAGAAGUGAUCGAAACGAGUUCUGA